AUGACGACAGGGAGCAUGGAUGCCAUCGACUCCUUCAAGCUGGCUAUGGAGGCCGUUUACGGUCCCCUAGACAAUUUGACAGUCGAAGACGCGGAAGAAUGGACUCCUCCUGCUUCGCCCGGCGCGGGCGGACAUCGCGGUCGAUACUUGUGGACGGAUGCGUUUGGAGUCAUCAACUUUCUGACCCUGUAUAAAGAGACAUCGAUGGUGCGCUAUCUCAACCUUGCAGCCCGCUUGGUGUAUUCCGUGCACGACAUUCUCGGGAGAACCAGAGAUGGAUCUCACAGGCUACCUGGUGCAACGGAAGAUGCGCCAUUGACGGGCGGGCUGCGGAUUGGAAAAGUGGCCGGACUUGGGGCUGACUGCGACGGCCAAUAUCACCACUACCUAACCAUCUGGAUGUUUGCGCUGAACCGCAUGUCCGUGGCAACCGGCGAGCCCAAGUUCAAUAACUGGGCGAUGGAGCUCGGCAAGGCCAUCCACCCUCACUUCAUUGUACCGGACGUCGGGGGGAAUAAGCGGAUGGUCUGGAAAAUCUCAACAGACAUGGACGAGGUUCUGGUCCCAUCAGAGGGUCAUCUUGACGCGGCCACGGGGUUUGCUGUCUACAGGCUUUUGCAACAGACGGCCGAUUUAUACGGCAAAGGGGACGAGUUGUCCCUGCGUGCUGAGAUUGGGGACUACUCGGCCAUCAUGAUGCGUCCCGGAAAACUAGCACCGACAAGCGACUUCUUGGACUUGGGCAUGGGGCUGUGGAUGUGUCAGUUCUGCCUCGACGAGCCAUGGGCGGACAAGUUUGUGGAAACGUCGCUUCGGAUGCUACGAGAUCGACUAGAGCAUUCCCGAGGCUCUCUGUUGCAACGAUACAAGAGGCUAGCGUUUAGGGAGUUUGGCGCGUAUCUUGGGGUUCGUUGUAUUGGGGCAGACAAGGAGCUCCAAGACAAGGUCGAAACAUUGAUAAAGUCCUGGGAUGUAAGUGGCGGACACAUUGAUGAGGAAUUGAAGCCCAUUUCGCAUGUCACGCAUGCGAGUGCUUUGAUCCCCGGUGGUGAGUUUUAUCAUGUCUAUUACUUGCAUUCCUUCUAA